AUGAUUCCUUUUGGGUCUCUUGGUUUGCUGUCACUGUAUGUGGGUGCCCUGCUGUCUUUAGAUGCAUCCCCAUCCUGCACACAGCCUCCCUGCAGUGACAGUCUGGUGGCUGCACCCAAACCCCCUGGGUCAGCAGCAGGAGUAGGCACUGGGGCCUGUGAGGGUCAGACUGGGACAACAGGCUGUAAGAUGGGGGUUUCCCUUCCAGCCAUCGCAGGUGCUCCUCGGAGGGUGGAGCACAGGCAUGAUUUACCCCAGGUUCAACCUAAGAUGGGAGGUGUCAAAGAGCGUCUCGUUCAGCUGCAGCGCUGCAUGCACUCUGUCCAGGAAACAGGGGGGGCCUGGAGUCCCGGGGGCCAGGACAGCGACUCUCUAGGGGCCAUUCUGGCACUAAUGGCAGCUGUGCUGACAGAGUGUGACCUCCACUGUCACAGCCAGGCCCUCGGGGCGAUGGCCAAACGCCUAGAAAGCGCAGCAGUGGGAAGAGCUGGGGAGAAAGACCUGCUGCUCUUCCUGAAGAGCAUCACACAAUACCCUCCAACAGUCGCACCCUCAGACAGGUUACAUCCUCAGGAUUGUGCAGAGAUUUACAAGCUUGGCAUUAUAGAGAGUGGAAUCUAUACCAUCCAGCCUGAUCUGCAAAGGCCAGCACUGGAGGCUAAAUGUGACAUGGAGACGGCGGGCGGUGGUUGGACCGUGAUCCAGACUCGGCAGGAUGGUUCGCUGAAUUUCAACAGAACAUGGCAGGAAUACCAGGAGGGCUUUGGAAGUCCACAGGGAGAGCGCUGGCUGGGGAACGCGGCGAUGCAUGCCCUCACCACCACCGGCCAACAUCAACUCCGAAUAGAGCUGGAGGACUGGCACCAUCAGAGACGCUAUGCAACCUACAACAAUUUCAAAGUAGCCUCAGAGGCACAGAGGUAUCGCCUGACAGCACGGGAGUACUCGGGAGAUGCUGGCAACGCCUUGAGCUACAGCAAACGUUAUAACCACGAUGGCAGAUCCUUCACCACCGCUGACCGAGAUCAUGACCGCUAUGCAGCUGGGAACUGUGGUCACUACUACAGUACAGGCUGGUGGUUUGAUGCCUGCCUGGCAGCUAACCUGAAUGGACGCUACUACCGUGGCCGCUACAGUGGAGUGACCAAUGGUAUCUACUGGGGGACAUGGUACAUCCUGACAGAUGGACGCACCGGCGAACGCUACUCCUUCAAGAGGGUGGAGAUGAAAACAAGACCUAAGAACUUUGUGGGGAGGCCCUGAAGCUAAUGAUGAUCAUUUGUAACAUCAGUCACACAACAGAUGUUACAGAUGUUUGAGUUACUGUAUGGACUUCACUCUGUUUAGAACAGCUUUCAUUGUCACUUACCAAUCACAUGCAAAUGGCAGCUAAUAGGUUUAUGGAAGAAAUAAACUGAGAGUAAUGUUUAAAUAUUCACUAGCACACUGUUCACUAGGCCAGUAGUGUCUUGCAAAUUAAACUAA